UAUAAAUAAUAAAAUUUGUAAAUAGGAAUUUUUAUGAUAUAAGUUUAGUACUCUGACUGCUCGAAGAUCAUGGCGGCGACUGUAGGUAGAAUUUGUGGAGCUGGGCUCUUAAAAUCAAAUAAUAAUCUUGCAUUAAAUCAGGUUAGUCAUUUUUCAACUACAAGAGAAUGGAGUCGAAGUAAAAAAGCAUUGGUAGCGACGUUAGGACUUGUAACGGGUGGAGCCGCUGCCCUAGCAUAUUCUUUGGAUCAAUCUGUUAAAGCUUCAGACUUAGUUGUUCAUCCACCUAAAAAUCCUUGGAGUCACAAUGGAAUGUUUAGUUCAUUGGAUCACGCAGGUGUUCGCCGUGGAUACGAAGUUUACAAACAAGUGUGUGCAGCCUGCCAUUCAAUGCAAUACGUCUGUUACCGUGACUUAAUAGGAGUCACACAUACAGAAGCCGAAGCUAAAGCUGAAGCUGAAGAAGUAAUGGUGAGGGAUGGUCCCAACGAAGAAGGUGAAUUUUUCAAUCGACCAGGAAAAUUAUCUGACCAUUUCCCAAGUCCAUAUCCAAAUGAAGAAGCAGCACGACAUGCUAACAAUGGUGCAUAUCCACCAGAUUUAACAUACAUAGUAUCAGCUCGUCAUGGUGGUGAAGAUUACAUCUUUGCUUUACUUACCGGAUACUGUGAUCCACCAGCUGGUGUUGUAUUGCGUGAAGGUCAAUACUUUAAUCCCUACUUCCCUGGUGGAGCUAUUUCCAUGGCACAAGCAUUAUAUAAUGAAGCUGCUAAUUACUCUGAUGAAAGUGUAAAACCAACUGCCAGUCAAUUAGCUAAAGACGUUGCGCAGUUCUUGAAAUGGACAGCGGAGCCUGAGCAUGAUACACGUAAAUUGUAUUUGAUCAAAAUGUUAGCGAUGGGUUCAAUUCUAUUUGGAUUCUUCUAUUAUAUAAAACGACACAAGUGGUCAGUGAUGAAAUCACGAAAGAUCGCUUAUCAACCACCAUCCAAAAAAUCAUAAGUAACAAAAAAUGUUUAGAACAAUUUUAAAAAUGAAGAGAUUCAUACAAGCAGAUUCAAGUGAGAUAAAAUCAAUGUAGCCUUUAUUUAUCUGUUAAAUGUCAUUUUAUUGUAGUCUGCUAUUUCAAAAAUAAUUAAUUUAUGUUAAUUAAUAUAAAAAUAUAUUAUAAAAUA